AUGCAGAGCGCCCUCAGCGGCGAGAGUGAAUCGGUAUAUACUGCAUGUAGUCAAACACACGUGCGCGCCGAGUCCAUCGAGUGGACUUCAUUUACAUCCAGGGCCGAUGGCGUACCCCGAGACUCCGCCGACGAAGAAACUGGGAUCAUCGGACAACUACAGCACGCCUCCGAGCGAGGAGGACUUCGAAGCGCCAAGGGAGCCGAAAAAGGCAUCCGCUCCACGCAGCCCGCUAUCACCAUCAUCGCUCAACACGGGCAGAGCACCUUCCGGAGCACGGGCAUUGACAGUGGUGGCGGCGACAACCAGACUGGGAGCGCUGGCUGGUGCGGCGCCGGACGCGCUGCGAGGGAUUUCAGCGCGGAGGGCGCGGGAGAGAAGUACUUCGGACUCCGCUUGAAGAUUCCGGCGGACAAACUCGCAGCGACACUCCAACGCCUGGUGGAGGAGGACGGGAGCCUCCUCGAACCGCUCCCCCCACUCUGUGGCAUUGACGUCAGCCCAGGCUACCCCGGCGUCAUCAAGGCGAAGGGCACAUUUGGCCUGGACGAGGGCAGGGUGGUCCUGCGCGUCCACAAUAGCAACAAGCCGAACGUGUGCGUCAGCGAAGGAGCCAUCCCCGUGACGACGAGAACGCCACCUUUCAAGGUGCCGGCAUUCGCCAUCGGUCCCCCACGCGCGGGGAAGUUAAUGCUUCGUAACCAGAACAACGCAAACGCGCUCAAGAAGAAGAACAAGAAGAACUGA